AUGAAUCUUUCUCUCACUGCGAUCCUGCUACAGAUUUUGCUCCUCUGCAACAACGUACAGGGCAAAUAUAUCUAUGUGGCAUCUUAUUCGGGAAACAUUUCAGUACUUUCCCUGACGUAUGACUACUUCGCCUCAACCGGAUCAUCUGCAUACGCGGAAGAUGGCUACUUUGCUGGCUUCGCCCCUCAAAAGAAAUAUAAUCUCUCUGUUGUCGAUACAUUCAAGACACCCGCGACCUACCCAGCCUGGUUGACCUUGAAUAAACAUAAUAACCUUCUUUACCUUGUGGACGGGGUCACCACAGGCAAUGGAACUCUUACUGCCUAUCGUACCAGCUCCAAAAAUGGUACCGGGCCGCCAAUUCAAUUGGACUGUGUCGAGUGUCUUCUCGAUGGUGCCUCCGCUGGCUUCUACGCCAAUGGCAAAGCCCUCGCAGUGGUGCACUACACCAGGAGUGCUCUUCAGACCUACGAUAUUACUGCUGCAAACGGCACCAUGAAACCACUGCAGACCUUCACAUACACCAUGUCCAAAGAAGGACCUGCCGGAGCCCGACAGGCUGCUCCACAUGUUCAUGAGGCACGCACCGAUCCCUUAGAGCAAUAUGUGCUAGCGAUUGAUCUUGGGGCCGACAAGGUGCGCGUGUACACCAUCGAUGAUCAUACCUUGCUUUUGGAAGAGAGGGCGGCUCUUAACGCCACCCCAGGCUCCGGGCCCCGACAUGGUGUAGGUUGCGGGAUCACGGCAUAUCGCGUGAAAUAUCUACCCAACCGCGGCGGGCUGCAGUUUACAGAGCUUCCGAAUGGCACAUAUUCUUCAUUAGAGCCCGGUGUUUCCAAGCCCGACACUGGUGGCAAGGGAAUCACGGCUGAAUUGAGAUUGAGCCCUGACGGUGACUUCUUGAUUGUCAGUAAUCGUCGUGAUGCUCGCUUCAAUGGCACCACGGCGCAAUAUCCACCCAGCGGAACAUCAGACUCGAUUUCCACAUUUAGGAUCAGACAACAUCUUGGUGGUAAACUUGACUUUGUUCAGGCGGCACCGGCGGGUGGUUCAUUGGCUAGAGCCUAUGAUCUGAACAGCGCGGGCAACCUAGCAGCUGUUGGUAUCCAGAUGGGAUCUAGAGUGACUAUUCUUGAGAGAGAUCUGGGAAGCGGUUUGUUCAAGGAACAGGUGGCAGAGGUGGAGGUUGAGGGCGAGAUCUGGGGCGUCCUCUGGGAUUACAAGGCAAACGAUUAA